AUGAUGGAGCCAGUUCAAGCAUCUAAGAAAAAGAAGAAGAAGAAGAGCAAGAAGAAGCCUAAGAAGCGUUUGCCUCUUGAUAUUGGAAACAUUGACUCUCCCAGCAAUCACGCGUUGAACCAGGCUGGUCUAAGUGUGCGUGUGCCUAAUGUGCAACUCUUAAGCGAGGAGGCACCUCCUAGUGAUGACCCGUCUUGUUCGACUCAAAGUCAGGAUCUGUCCGAGCCUAGCCCAUCCCCAUACUCGCAGGAAGCUGACCCCAAGACUGAACAUCCUAUCUCUACUAAGCCGGGAAAGGACUUCACAGCCCCUUAUGCGACUCAAUAUGAGGACAGAUUGCAAGUCGAGCACAAGGAUACGAUAGAAUGCCACGAGGGUCACUCGACAGAGCGUGUAUUGGGUACUGGUACUCGUGAGCAGACCUACCGGGAUGCACUUCUGGGUACAAUCGAUCGUAGAGACAAAAGAGUCUCAUGUACAGAUCCAACCACAAAAUUUGACACAGCAGAGCAUAACGCUGCAUUACAUGCACAUCCAGCCCCGCUGGCAAUCGAAGAGUGGCCGAGUAUCACAGGAGAUACGCCAGCUGAGAGAGAUACACGUGAGAAAAUGCCCAAAGCUUCUUCUUCGAUCGAUUCAGGACAAGAUGAGGAGGUAUCAAGCACCAUGUCUUCCGCCUGUGCUCAGCCAUCCCGCCUUGGUCAAUCCACACGCAAAACCAAGGCUUCUUCAAAGGAGAAGCUGCCUCCUAUACAAGAAGUGACAAGUGAGGCGCUUCAGGGUUAUCCGCAUGUAAACCCGCAUUCUCCUCAUGCUGAGCGAGGUAGCAUAUCCAGCGAGAUUCAAUGUCACCUUACAUGUACACCGAAGUCCUCAAAAUCUACCUCCACAGGUUGGACUAGCGCCGAACCUCAGGGCACACCACAGACCGAAUCCUCCGAGAUUGAAGCCACGGAAACCAAGAACCACCACCAGAAGAUCUCCACCGAGACAAGAAAUGUUGUGAUCUCCCAAACUAAGGGCAGCCAUGCACAUCCCUCGUCAUCUCUGAGCUCUGAGAGACUAGGUCGAUGCACCACAACCGUACAAAAGUACAUAUCGACCCAAAAACCAGAAGGAUUUUUCUGGCAGCUCGAUAGCCACGGAUUCUCCUGCGCGAAGGCAAGAUGUGAGAAGCGUUGCAAUUUAUGGGAUGGUGCAACUGUCAUCUGCCCCCGAUGCGGGCCAUUCUCAGAAAUUCGUUAUUGUUGCAAAGAGCACCUCCUGGAAGACAUAAAGUAUCAUUGGUUGUACUGCGGACAGAUGACCUUUGAGCAUCCUUGCCGAGAGAAUUCGAUCCCCCGGGAUGUGAGAGAUGGGCCACCCCUAGUUCCUUGCCUUCACCCUUAUGAUACACCUGAACGUCAUCGUCAGGCCGUUUAUUUCAAUGUGAAGGCUCGUGAGGGGGACUAUUUCAUCUUCUCAGACUGGACCGAUUUGGUGACAGCCGGCUUCCCAGAGAGCAACGUCGAGGUGCGGUGUUCAAGCCGGGUCAUCUAUACCAUCAGGUUCGAAGAUGCAAAUGAAAAAGACCGGUUUCGUCGUGUUCUAGCGACAUGUCUCUUCAGUACGUCGACUUCCUUAAUCUACCAUCUAUACCUACUAAUCACUUAUUUCCUUGCAGUGACCAUCGAGGUUACCGAACUUAUUGACUACCUAUUCCGGCUAAUUCGAGACAAACUUCGGUCACAGUCCGCCCCCAUAGAGCUUGAAGCCGCACUCAAGUAUCAGUUCCAACAGGAAUACUGCGUGACCAUACAGCAACAUAUCACCGGAGAGAGGCACGCCUGUGUGACGGAUUGGGAUGGAAGGAACCGUCGUAAUUGCCAGGAUGCUAUCUGCCGGGCUGAAUAUCGUCGUUUGCUUGGAUCUCUUGGGGGAAAGGGCCAUUGUCAGCUCAUUGAUCACUUGGAAGGCAGUUACUGGAUUCUUCGAGCGGCGAGAACCACCCAUCCUGAUGUAACUGAUGCCAAAGCGCGUAUGCGUGGAGAGGGCUUCAGCGACGUCGCGGAUGAAGAUAGGAGAGAGUUCCGCCGGGGCGCAGGAUGGGAUGGUGCUGGAACUGGGGAUUUGGAGAUUGAGGGAAUCAAUGAUGAUUAA